AUGCCUGAUCCCCCGCAGGCCACUCCAUUCGCUUCAACCACUGAUGUCAGGCAUGCAUUUUCCGUGGCAAUGUCUGACGUCUACAGGACGGAAGUACCUCUUUACUCCGAUCUCCUCUCUCUCGUAGGGGAUGUCAAUAACAGUUUUCUCGAAUCCAACCCUAGCGUCCGAAGACAUAUGGAAGAAACGGACCAGCUUGAGAGGCUGCAUUAUGAGCGACAUGGUGCAAUCCGGCUUGGGACCGCAGAGGAGAUGAAGAUGAUGGCACGAUUCUUCGCAAUUAUGGGAAUGCAACCAGUCGGUUACUAUGACCUCUCACAGCCCCCGGCACGGCUUCCCGUACAUGCAACAUGCUUCCGAUGCCUCGAUCUCGAGUCCCUUUCAAUGAAUCCUUUUAGAGUAUUCGUCUCUUUACUGCGCCCUGAAUGCAUAUCCUCAAACCUCCGAUCGAAAGCGUUCAAGAUUCUCUCACGCCGACAAAUAUUUUCAAGCAGAUGCCUCGAGCUGAUAGAACUUGCUGAGCGACAGGCGGGGCUGUCGGCCGCAGAAGCCGAUGAGUUCAUCAAGGAAGGCUUAGAGACAUUCAAGUGGCGAGGGACCUCAACAGUCUCACUCUCAGAGUACAGCGACCUUCAAGCUGAGAGCGCAUUGUUGGCUGACAUUGUCGCUUUUCCGGGGCCGCACAUCAACCACUUGACCCCCAGAACUUUGGAUAUCGACCAGGUGCAAAUCAGUAUGGAGAAAAAUGGUAUCCCAGUUAAGGAAGUAAUAGAAGGACCCCCUGCGCGAGAUUGCCCUAUUCUUCUACGUCAGACUAGUUUUAAAGCGCUGAAAGAGGGCGUUUACUUCCCGACCUACGGAGAUGACGGUUCCAGGUCAGAGACGGUGCUGGGCAGCCAUACUGCUCGCUUUGGUGAGAUAGAGCAGCGCGGUGCCGCGCUGACUGAGAAGGGACGCGCGCUUUACGACCAUCUUGUUAAUGAAGCAUGGAAGAAAGGCGUUACACCGCAGGAUCCUGAAGCUUACAAGGACUUAUUCAAGUCUUUUCCAGAUACUUGGAAAGAUAUCAGGUCCCAAUCAUUGGCGUGGUUUCGUUAUUAUCCCGUCAAAGAUGCCACGAAGGAUGGCGAAGAUAGUAUUGAGGAACUCAUUCGCAACGGCAAGGUUGCGUAUGAGCCGCUGACCUACGAGGACUUCUUGCCUCUCAGCGCGGCCGGGAUCUUUCGCAGUAACCUUCGCACGACAAGUGCUGGGGAUGAAAAUGAAUCUGUCACAGUAACUGGCGAUGAUGGCAGGGAUGAACUGCAAAAGGCUGUGAAAAGAGUUAUCGUGGAUGAAUUUGUAACUUACAGGAUGUUACAGCAGGAGAGUCUGGAGGAUUGCAAGGUACACUUUGCACUCACAACAUAG